AUGGUCAUCACGUGUUUUUGGGUGGCGACCACCAAGAACUUUGAUUUUGACUGUAGUAUUUCGGUGCAUGGUCGGUGCACUAGAGGAUCGGGAGCUUGUGUGUGGGCCGCUCCCCUUAUUGGCAAACCUUGCUACAAAGGGACAACAGGUAAGCAGCGCACCACAGACGAAUACAAAAUUCUCAGGAUAGGACUUAUGUUAACAUUGAGUUCCUUGCCGGACUGGAUGACCUUAGCCCUACUCACGGAUGAGGAAAUAUAUGGCAUAGGGAAGCUCAGGCAUGAAAGAAAUGAAAAGGACUUGUGUAUCUUGAUUCAGGAUUCAACUGACAUUGAUGACGUUUGUUACAAGAAAAUCCAUCCUAUUAAUUUCAAUGACAAACCAUACAGAUGUCAAAUUUGCAACAAGACCUUCACUGACACAUGCAGUAUAUCAAGGCACAUGAAAGCACAUACAAAAACGAAGCCAUACAACCGUAAAAUUUGCAAUAAGACCUUCUCAGGGAAAGGUCAUCUAAUGGAUCACAUAAGAGUACAUACAGAAGAGGAAGCAUACAUUAUUUGUAAUACGAAAUUCUCACGCAAAAGAAAUAUAGGAAGCCGUAUGGGAGUACAUGCAAAUGAGAAGCCAUACAGCUGUUAG